AUGCUUCGAGCCCGACGAUACCGGGUUCUCCUGGUAUUCACAACCAUCUUUGUGCUCGCCUUCAUACAUUUCGCCCGAUCCCGAGAACAAACACCGUCCGCCUGGAGUGCGCCGCCACCGGUUGAUCGUCAUCCCGCGUCUUUCUCUCUAGAUCCCCCCGCUGCCGACCAGGUCGACCUUCAGGACUCCCCUCCGAUAAUUGCCCCUCCUUCUCCUCCGGCUCCCGAAAGUCUCGAACAGCAUUUCACCGAAGAAGUAAAGGACCCUGCUACGGACGCUUUAUCUGACAUCCGCCCAUCGACUUCUGCUGAGGUUUCCAAACCAUCGGAGGAUGCGUCGGCUACGGACAACGAAACCCAGGGCGAACCUGGUCCGCUCCAGACCACCCCGGGCUCUCAAAGCCAAGGAAUCUCGGAAGUAGAGGCCCCCUGGCCACACCCUCACUGGAAGAAAGUUCCAGAGCAAUAUCCUAUCGCAUCUGAGGACUUGAUCCGAUUGCCAGCUGGCCAGUCCAAGGCGCUCCCAAAACUGCAGGCAGAGUUCAAAGACGAAUCGUCCGCCGACAAGAUGAAGCGUUUACAAAGACUGUCGACCAUCAAGUCUGAUUUCGAACAUGCAUGGACCGGCUACAAGACCUCCGCCAUGGGCCACGACGAGGUCAUGCCUCUGCGAGGUGGAUAUCGCGAUCCUUUCAAUGGCUGGGGAGCCACGCUCGUGGACUCCUUGGACACCCUUUGGAUCAUGGGCCUGAAGGAAGAGUUCUCCCUUGCCGUUGAUUAUAUCAAGACAAUUGACUUCACAACCUCCAAGAAGAGAGAUAUUCCGGUCUUUGAGACGACCAUCCGUUACCUGGGAGGUCUACUCGGAGCCUACGAUAUCUCGGGGCAUAAGUACAAUGUGCUUUUGGAGAAAGCCGUUGAGCUCGCAGAGGUUCUGAUGGGCGCUUUUGACACGCCGAACCGGAUGCCAACGCUGUUUUACAAAUGGGCCCCGCUUAAUGCGGUGCAACCUCAUCGUGGGGAUAAGAAGGCCGUACUUGCAGAGCUCGGCUCUCUUUCCGUGGAAUUCACCCGCCUGGCUCAGUUGACAAAGGAAGAUAAAUACUAUGAUGCGAUUGCGCGCAUCACGAAUGAGCUUGACAAAUAUCAGGACAAGACUCAAUUUCCCGGCUUAUGGCCAAUGAAAGUUGACGCAUCCGGGUGCAAGAAAACCCCGACUCACCUUGAGCAUGAGGUCCCUCGUGGAAAAUCGCCGGGAGAGUCCCCGACAAGUGUUCUUCCAUCCAAAGCCCACCCAACAAGGCCUGCGCCAACUGACGCCCAGAGCUAUGCGGAGUUCCUGCAGCCCCGUGAUACUCGGUCACUGCAUGAUGAUGCUCAACCGGCUGAAUACGGUGGUGUCUCGGCUCAAGGAUAUCCUAACUCGGAGAGCGAAUACCGUGCUUCUUUCGAGAAGCAGGCAUCUGACGUGCAUUCUGACGUGCAAUGCCAUGAAGGUUUGACCGCCCCCUUGUCAGAGAAUGAGAAAUAUGGCUUGGGUGCCCUUGCCGACUCGACCUACGAGUAUCUGCCCAAAGAAUAUAUGCUCCUGGGUGGUCUGAACGAACAGUAUCGCACCAUGUAUGAAAAGGUCAUCAAGGCAACGCGGGAGCGACUUGUCUUCCAACCCAUGAUCAAGGGCGGUCGCGAUGUCCGAUUCUUGAGCACUGUCACUGUGCCAAAGCAGCCUGGCCGUACGAAGGUUGCAUAUGAGGGCGAUCACCUGUCCUGCUUCGUAGGUGGCAUGGUUGGCAUUGGUGCCAAAUUGUUUGGCAUUGAAGGAGACCUAGAUCUGGCCUACAAGCUGACCGACGCCUGCGUGUGGGCGUACGAAUCCACGAAGACCGGAAUCAUGCCGGAGCAAUUUUCCUUGAUCCCUUGCAAAAAGGGAGAAAAGUGCGAGUGGAACGAGGCGACCUAUUACAAGGCUCUGGAUCCCAACAUGGAGGAGCGCCUGGCUCGGGCAGCUGCACGCAAGGAAGAGAAAGAGAAGAAGAAGAAGGCGGAGGAGACAUACGAGGAGCCUGAGCCUGAGUCUCCCAACUCGAUCAAGAAGUCCCAUGCCAAACGGGAGCGCGGCAACUGGCACGUCGUGGCAACCCCUGACGAAGAUGCGCCGAAAAAGGAGGAAGCGGUGCCCGAGGCCGUGGAGGAGUCGGAGGAAGAAAAGGUUCCCUCCCACGAAGAAUUUGCUUCCGCGCGAAUUCGGAACGAGCGUCUGCCCCCGGGUGUCACCCGCCUCGUGAAUCGCAAGUAUAUCUUGCGACCUGAGGCAAUCGAGUCGGUUUUCAUCAUGUUCCGCCUCACCGGCGACAACUACUGGCGGGAGAAAGGCUGGGACAUGUUCGAGGCGGUGUCCAAGUACACACGGACGGAGCUGGCCAAUUCGGUCAUUGAAGACGUGACGGUGGAGAACCCCAAGAUGCUGGACGAGAUGCAAUCCUUCUGGCUCGCCGAGACGCUGAAAUACUUCUACCUGCUGUUCAGCGACCCGAACGUCGUGAAUCUUGACGAAUAUGUGCUGAAUACCGAAGCGCACCCGCUGAAGCGCCCGCAGUACUAA